AUGUUGAGGGGUGUCAUGAAGAAACGCUUUGUUCCUAGUCACUACCACCGUGACUUGUACCUCAAACUUCAAAAUUUAACACAAGGAGGCAAAAGCGUGGAGGACUAUCAUAAGGAGAUGGAGAUAGCCAUGUUAAGGGCCGACAUUGUCGAGGACCGGGAAGCUACUAUGGCACGAUUUUUAAGUGGAUUGAGGCCUGAAAUAGCGGAUCAAGUGGAGAUGCACCAUUAUGUGGACCUCCAUGAUAUGCUAGACAAGGCUAUUAAGAUUGAAAGGAGGCUCAAGAGGAGGGGUCCAAUUCGACAAAAUCCCAACUUCCAAGCUGGAAAUUGGAGAAGCCAACCCUUCAAGAGGGAAGUCAACCCCUCUAGUGCAUUCCCCUUGGUCAAACAAGGUGGGACAACCAAGGAGUCACUAAGGCCGAAUGCACCUUCCUCAAAACCACCCUCAAGGGGCGAUGGUAGGCCUACUCAUGAGGUAAGCAAAGUUCGAUACCGAGACACUAAGUGUUUUAAGUGUCAAGGGUUUGGACAUAUUGCUUCCCAAUGCCCAAAUCAAAGGGUUAUGCUUAUGCUACCAAAUGGGGAAGUACAAACGGAUGAGGAGGAUGAGUGUGAGGACAUGCCUCCCUUGGUUGAGGAAGAUGAGGAAUUUGAGGAGAUACCAGCUCAUGGUAAAGUUGGUAUGGUUGCAAGGCGAGCUCUAACUACUCAAGCUAGUAGAGAUGACCUUCAACGAGAGAACAUAUUUUACUCAAGGUGCCAUGUGAUGGACAAGCUUUGUAGCUUGGUAAUUGACCCAGGGAGCUGUACCAAUGUUGCUAGUGCACUCAUGGUGGAACGAUUGAACUUGCCAACAAGUGAUCACCCCCGACCUUACAAACUACAAUGGCUGAAUAAUAGUGGUGAGGUACGUGUUCAUAAGCAAGUUUUAAUUAAUUUUGCCAUUGGUAGAUAUAAAGAUGAUGUUUUAUGUGAUGUUGUGCCUAUGCAAGCUACUCAUAUUAUUUUGGGAAGGCCAUGGCAAUUUGAUAAAAGGGUCAUUUUUGAUGGAUUCUUGAAUAAGUAUUCCUUCGUGCAUAAUACCAAAAAGAUCACACUUGCACCUCUUACACCUCAACAAGUGCAUGAGGACCAAAUUGGGUUGCAAAAGGAAUAUGACAUGCAUUGUGACAAUAAAAAGAAAAAUUUGCAUGAUACAAAGAGCAAAUUGGCCGAACCAUCUUCUCCUAAAAUUGACACUUCACAUUCGGCCAUUGAAGGGAAAAAGGAGAGAAAAUCCAUCAUGCUUGCUAGAACUAGAGAUGUACGAAAGGCUUUGCACUCUAACCAGAUUUUGCUUAUCUUGUUUUGUAAAGAGUCUUUGCUCACUAAUGAACUUGGUGCUUCCUUGCCUAGUGCUAUUGCUGACCUUUUACAGGAGUACCAAGACGUAUUUCCUGAGGAUAUACCUAAUGGGUUGCCACCUUUGAGGGGAAUAGAACAUCAAAUUGAUUUCAUUCCUGGCUCUUCCCUUCCUAAUAAGGCACCAUAUAGGACUAAUCCGGAGGAAACUAAGGAGCAACAAAGAAAGAUGGAGGAUGGCGGAUGUGCACCGAUUGUAGAGCCAUAA